AUGCCAACUCUACAAACACGCAAGGGUGAUGCUGCGCAUCUUACUACCCUCGUACAGCUCAUAUCGUCCGCUGUCACCACUGUUCUCAGCGAGUAUGAGGCUGUAGGCAAACCUGCGCCAUCCUUGGACUCGACGGAGCCCGGCCCAUUUGAUACCCCAGAAGAACAGAGUGAAGAACUAGUAAAAGCUGUCAGGAUCAUCGAGGCUGCCUGUGGUCAACUUGCCACCUCCGUUGCAAGUCCAGGCCAUGUCAUGUUCAACUUUAAAGAACCUGCUUGUUUGCAAGUAGUCACCCAAGCAAAAAUAGCGGAUCUCCUCCUUGACAAGCCGGAAGGCCUACAUGUCGACGACCUCGCAAGGCAAUCUGGAUUGGACUCCGGGAAACUAUGCCGAAUUCUUCGCUUAUUGGCGACAAGACAUUGUUUCCGAGAAGUACAACCCAAUGUGUUUGCAAACAACCGUCUCAGUAUCAAGCUGCUGGCUAAGGAUCCGAUAUGGAGCUACGUUGGUCAUUUAACGGAUGAAGGGAUGAAGUCCACUGCCUACCUUAACGAAGCCCUCACCGACCCCGUGUCGGGACCCUCAUACGCCGUUGAGGCAUCUCCAUUCUAUCGCAUGCAGGGAUGUACCGUCUUCGACCAUUACGCCAGCCCCGAAGGUCAAAAGAGAGCAGACCGCUUUGCGGGAGCAAUGAAAGGUUUAGGUGAAGUCAACGGCAAGCGCAUGCUUCGCAAAGUUUAUCCCUGGGGCGGUUUCCCUAACGGCACAGUCAUCUGUGACGUCGGUGGUAGCACUGGCCAUGUUACCAUGGAUCUUAUCCAAACAUUCCCGCAACUCAGGUUGGUUAUACAAGAUAUGCCGCACGUCGUCGAUCAAGCUAAGGAAUUCUGGGCACAAGAGGAUCCUUCCGCCGUGCAGAGCAACCGAGUGGCGUUUGCACCUUUAGACUUCUUCACUGAGGUUCCAGUCGCCGGUUGCGACUUCUACUACAUCCGUCAUAUUUUGCACGACUGGCCUGAUGCUGAAUGCGUAAAGAUCCUGUCAAAUGUCCGCCAAGCCAUGAAACCGACGAGUCGGGUCUUAAUCCAUGAGUUCGUUUUGCAGAAUGUCGCUAGAGUUCUCGCCUCCGAGAAUCCACAUGUCGACCAGGCACCUGAGCCACUCCUCCCGAACUACGGCAUGGGGCGAAUCCGGCCGUACCAGCAGGAUAUCAACAUGAUGAGUUUCUUGAACAGCAAGGAACGAACGGUGGACGAGUUCAUCUCCUUGGGUGUGCAAUCAGGUUUGAAAUUCGCCAAACUGUGGGAUGCCGGGGAGACUGGUCUAGUAGAGCUGGUCCUUGCCUAG